GUGUGACUCUUAAAACCCCCAGACCCUUAAUUAGCUAGAAAAUCACUUCCUUUUUCCACUUUUUUUUUUCUUCCAUUUUCAAAUAUACCUUUGAAAUUUUUUGAUUCAGGAAACUCUCAAUGUAUCUCUCUCCUCCUUUGAAAAGAAAGCUAUACACCUGCUGUUUCUCUCUUGAUCGUUAACAUCGGUGUCAUGGUGAACUACUUCUUUAAAGUAGUUCUUCAUGAGGCUCUUCGAGAUGGCAAGCUUAAAAUUCCGCCAAAGUUUGUUAGGACAAAUGGAAAAAGCCUUGAGGACUCGAAGGUUGUCCUGGAGGGUCGAGUCGAUGGAGAGGAAUGGGAAGUGAAGCUGGAAAAGCAUGGUGGGAAAGUUUGGCUUGGUGAGGGAUGGAAAGAAUUUGCCAACCACUAUUUCAUAAAGCUCGGUCACUUUCUGGUAUUCAAAUACAAAGAAAAUUCCGGCCAUUUCCGUGUUGAUAUAUUCGAUGAAACCGCUACUGAGAUCGAGUUUCACUCCACGAACCGAAGAACAACAAGAAAGAGCACAACAGAACAACCUCCUGUGGCUGUGGGAAAGACAAAAAAGGCAACUCAUACUGCAGCAGGAAUCUCAAAAGGCACUACUUAUGAAACCCGCAUGCCAAGUAAAGCAGGAACCUCUACAGGGACUCCUGAUGUUGAAACCAUGCCAAGUAAAGGGGGGAAAAUAAAAUCAACCAAAAGAUUCAAACAAGCCAUGGACAUGGACAUUGACCAAAAAGCCACAGCUACUCAAAGAGCUGAAGUUUUCAAGUCCAAAAACCCUUUCUUUUGGAUUUCCUUGUCACCAACUUAUGUGGUACAAAGAUAUAUGAAUAUACCAAAGAAGUUUUUUGAGAACCAUCUACGAGAUAAAUCCACAAAUGUCAUCCUAAAGAAUUCAAAAGGAGGAACUUGGCUGGUCCAGUACGUGUUCAAGAUUGUCGAGAAAAAACCAAUAGGAAAAUUCUGUACCGGUUGGAAUAAGUUUGUUAGAGACAACAAUGUGCAAGUUGGCGAUGUUUGUCUUUUUGAGUUGAUCAAGGGGCAGCAAAUUUCUUUCCGAGUUCGGAUCUUCCCAACUCCAUGAAUGUAUUUGAUCGUAACUCUUUUUUUUUUUUUUUUUUUUGGGUAAUUGAUGAUAUAACUCCUUUUAAAGUCUCUUUUGAUGUAGCUAGAGAACUUUUGAUGUUCACAUAUAUAUAUAUA